AAUAGGCUGUCAAGUGAGAACAAACGCAACGCAAAUGAAAGCUUGUUCCGUGUCCUCCAAGCAGCUUUAUGUUAAGUCUUAUAAUAAGUUCCUUCAAUUACCGCUCCAGGUCGUUCGCUUGGUGUUGUGGAAUAUCAUGGUGAUUCCAUGAUUUUUAUUUUUUUUGGGCCAAACAUAUGGGCCAAGUCAAUAGGGGUGGGUCAGAUUUAAGAGAGGAACAGGAAGAGCGUGUGUAGGGUGCAAAUCCACUUUACGCCGUGUCAGUCUUCAGCUUUGUGAUUAUUUUCUUUUAAUAAAAAGCCAUUCUUUUAAUGGCUGGUUUGCGUUCGUUAUGAAGCAUCUCUUUUGUGUUGGCUCAAGGAGGCGAAGUCUAUGAAGACUGCACAUAAAUUACAGUAUAGAGGAUCUUAUUUAAACUUUUCUAAGUCUGAAGAAGGUUCCCACGUCAGCUGGAUGACUGAGGGACGCAUCAGUGGCCACUGACAUGGACUGCACAGAGGUCAAAGGUGAAAGCCCUGCUGAGGAGCAACUGGAGCCCCUUCUCAUUCUUGAGGAGGGGGAUGAUCCGGAGGCAUUCACAAACAGAAAGCAGGGAGUGCUGAGGAUGAGGAAGGCCAAGGAAGACAUCGGUGGGAUGGAAGGGAGUGUGGAGGGCAUCCCAGAUGCUGAACCAGAUGCAGGAGAUGGUAGGAGUGCACGCCGGGAUGCAGAAGUGAACGAGGAGGAGCUAUCCAGGCAGCAGGAGGAAGGGCCGGAAGACAAAGCCACGCAGGAACGCUCCCUGGAAACUGUGGAGUGCUGGGCAGGAACAUUGCUUGAGGCCGCAGCGGUGACAUCAGCCCAAAGUGAAGCUGGGCCAGCACGUGAGAAGCAGGAGGAGACGCAUCUGCAGAUAGACGCGGCAGCUGAAGAAGAGCCGCCCGCUCCUCCUCACGCACAGGCGCCAGUGCAACUACGACGCCGAGACCAACUCAAGCCCGAAGACCCACAGCAGAAGGCUCACAGGUCAUCCCACGACUUCCCUGACACACUGUAUGAGCUGCUGUGCGCCCUGCAGGAGGGCCGGCGCCUCAACGACCAGCGCUGCUCCUUCCAGCUGCAGGGACGCAGGAGGUGCCACUCGGAGCCAGCCACCCCCCGCCACAGCCAGAAAGUGGUGUUCUCCUCCGUGACCUCUCUGCAGCGGGAGGAGUUCUUUGAGCUGGUGGCCACCUCCCAGGGCCGCCGGCUGGACGACCAGCGUGCCGAAUUCCAUAGUCUCCCCCUGGUGCCCAGACGCCGUUCCAGCGCCUCCAAGGCAAAGGUGAGGAAGGGCAGCUGCAAGACCCCGGCUGCUCCCCAGACGGCCCCCACUCCACCGCACAAGGAGGAGCUCUACAACAUGAUCGUCAUCUCUCAGGCACAGGGGCGUUUGGAGGAGCAGCGUAGUGCAGCCCCUGGCCCCAUGGAUGAUGAAGAUUUUUUCUCCUUGUUGCUGAAGGUCCAGGGUGGGCGCAUGGAUGAGCAGAGAACAGAGCUCCCCGUAGCACUUAAGUAUUGACGGAUGCGAUGGCUAGCACACGGUGUCGAGGUGGAAACGGGCACUAUAUCACUUACAUACGUCUAAAGUAGUUUCACUGGUUCGUUUCUAAGGGUUUUGUAUUUGUAUCUGACUCAUAUCUUGAAAGAAAAAAAAACUUGGAUUCGUCACUGCUUCUAUUCUAUUUUUUUUUUUUUUUUUUUUUUUUUUUUUUUAAAUAUACAUCAAAUAAUUUUAUAAGUGUAUUUUAAUAAUGGCUUUUCCAAGGACAUACUGUGGAGCAGAAGGUGUAUGCUUGAUUCAACACAGUAAGCCAUAUGCUGAGGCAGUGAUUUCCCAUACCUGUCCUGGCUGGUGAUCGUGGCUGAUAUGAGGGGACAGACACUGGUGGUGUACUGCGGGGAGAAGUGUGUGUGUGGUGGUGGUGGUGGUGGUGGUGGUGGUGGGAGAUGGAGCUAGUUGUAGGCAGCUCAGCUUCACUGUGUACUGUAUUGCAACAGUGCAUACCCAGAUGCCGAGAUCUGGUGGGUGUUGCAGAUAUCUGAGUUAGCAGCGUUAGAGUUAUGUGAGUUGUUGCUGCUGCACACAUAAUAACAGGAAAUACAUGGGCAGUGAGUCAGUGAAGGUUUUUCUUUUUUAAACGUCACACAUGUUGCUGUCAAAGCCGAUCGAUGCUGAGAAUGGCCAAGUCAAAGUGGGCAGGGCGCCAGCUCAUGCAGUCAAACUUCAGCACGCAGGUGCGGUGCCAUUGCAUGCUGAGGCCUGGUUGCGUUUCCUGCUGUGGGGGUACAAGAUGGGUCUACCAGGCCAGACUUUACCCAGUUCUACUGUUUACGCCACAGAAAGGCUGCCCAUUAAAGACACGGCAUGACUGUUUUAUAAUGUAGGAUAGACUACAUUUCGAUAUGUUGAUAUAUGGGAACUGUACUGAGAAGAGGCCAACCAUAGCAUUUAUUCCUAACCACUUCUUACAAAAGUCGGUUGUUUUCUUAUUUUAACAUAAAGAUGAGUAUCAAACUUGUGAUGUCUGAUUUACUUCUACACCUACUUUUGUAUGAUACAUAGUAUGGAUUAAUAAUCCCUUGUGUAUGUAAUUGUAAAUGAUCUAGAAAGUAAUCUAUGGUACAAAAACAACUUGCACUACUGAACAGUGUUGCCAAGUUUGAAGGGCUAUACUUGCCUGAUUUUCUUCAUAGAAUGCAAAGACACAAUAUGUCUCCAUUUACUCUAAGUAUAACUUACUCUGCUGCAGUAUUUAAAAACAAACAAUUUUAUUAAUAUAAGUGUAUAAAUAAAAAAUAAACAUAAAAUGUCUUUCAGUUAUUUUUGUACAUAUGCAAGCACUGAAUAUACAUAAGUAAAUCUCACUAUCAUUGAAAUUACCACAAUCACACUUUACCCAAAAAUGCUACUGUAAAAAUGCUAAUGUAUCUUUUAAAUAACAACCAGGAAGGCAGAGUUAGCAUUUGGCAAAUAAGAACAUACGUACAGUUCACCGCCGGGUUUGCUUUUGAAUACCUACUAGUAGGGACACUUAGCAUAAAGCUAAUAGCACCAUGCCAAUGUUUCUCCACUAGGUUUUAUCCAUUUUUAGCCACAGAUUGUUGGGAGGUAAUUUGAACAUGUUGUAAGACAGAGUUGUUCUGUGCUUUAAUCAGAAAAAUAUUUACUUCUUAUAAAAGCAAAGUAAUGAUUAAAGUAUGUGAUGAUCUUCACCACCAAGACCCACGUGCUUAGCAUUCUGCACCUUGUCUAGGUGUCAUCUGAAGUGUACACUCAGCAAACACUAGAUGGCAACAGAACCUUACGCGUCAGACUUCAUUCGAAGGUUAUCCUCAUUUAUCAUGGUCUGGAUUUUCUUGCCUUUUGUUCUUGAAUAUUGAAAAAUAGACCACGUGGGACCUUUCAUAUCUCAUAUGGCAUGUAAGAUCUUAGACUGUCUUGGCCACAAUUGUACAUGCCAAAAAAUAAAUAAAUUUUAAAAAUGA